AUGGGGCGUAAAAAGAUCCAAAUAGAGCAUAUUAAAGAUGAUCGUAACCGACAGGUUACAUUUUUAAAGAGAAAGCACGGGUUAAUGAAGAAGGCGUAUGAACUCAGUGUGCUAUGUAACUGUGAAGUGGCAUUGGUCAUUAUGCCUUCCAACAACAAGUUAAUUCAGUAUUCUAGCUCUGAUAUGAACACUCUACUGACCAGGUUUAAAGAGAAUGACUUACCAAGAGAAAUCAAAACCAACGGAGACUUUGUUGAGCAUGGAGAAAAGGCAGAUGAUGAUGUACUCUAUUCUGAUACGGAAGAGGGACAACAUAUCGUCAUGCCUACAUCCAAUACAACAACUACUACUACCACUGCUACGCAAAUGGUCCCGACUCAGACCGGCAUGUCAUUUUCAUAUACUCCCAAUGGAGGUUACACACAACAACAACAACAACAUCAUCAUAUUCAGCAACAUAUCCAUCAACAACAACAACAACAGCAGCAGCAGCAGCAACAGCAACAACAACAAAUUCAUCAUCAGCAACAACAACAUAUUCAGCAAAGGCAGUAUGCCAUGAUGCGGGAACACUAUUACCAACACACACCUGCACUCUACCAUUCUCCAAAUUCUUCCCCUGUAACCAUUGAACACGAGAUUUCACCAGACCAGUCGCCAAGGUCAGAGCCUGGAACACCCGAUAAAAGGCCGAAAUUAAGGGUGACUAUACCCACACAGAAGGAGGAGAAGGAGAGGGAGGUGCCAGCAGAAAAGCAAGACCCAACUAGUCAUAAUAAUGUAAGUUUAUAA